AUGCCACCGAGACGCCGCCGCGCGCAGCAACCGUGCGUCGUUUGCGCACAAUUCCUGCGCCCAGUGACGUUCGAGGAACCGGACGUGUCCUGCGACGGGUGCUCGAACGACGCCAGGAUUGGGCACAAGCGCGCGCCCGUCGCGCACAUCGCUUGCAUCUUGCCUGGAGGCACGGACGACGACGACGACGAAAAAAAGGGCAUGAUCCUAGAUCAAGACGGCGACGGCGUGACGACGUGGCUGUGCCAAGGAUGUCGCCGGCGGACGAUGGAUCCCGAGGGCGCUCCGGCGCCCGCCGUCGCCGCCCCGCCUUCACCGGCUCCCGCUCCGCCGGCGGCCGCGCCUCCGCCGCCGCCGGAGAGCGCGCCCGAGCCGUCGCUCCCGCCGCCGGUCGCCGCCUCUCCGCCGUCGGGCGAGCCGGCCGCCGAAGACGCGUCGUUACCCCAGGACUUCAUAUGUCCGAUUACCCAGGCGCCCAUGGUCGACCCCUGCGUGUGCGCGGACGGUCGCUCGUACGAGCGCGCCGCGAUCGAGGCGUGGCUCAAAGGGCACGACACGUCGCCGCACUCGAACGAGCCGCUCGCUGACAAGCAGCUGAGACCAAAUAUCACGCUGCGAAACGCGAUCAUCGCGUUUCAGAGCCGAGCCGAGGUGCCGGCCCCAGCCGCCGCCGAGCCGGCCGUCCCGCGGUCGCGGUCACGCUCGUGCGGACGGCGGCGGCGGUCACGGUCGCGCUCACGCGGGCGGCGGCGGUCGCGCGGGAGGCGUCGGAGGAGCCGGUCGCGCUCGCGGCGACGACGGUCGCGACGGCGCCGCUCUCGAUCGCGCUCGCGCGAGAUGCCGUGGGGCUCGCAACUCGCCAACCCCGCGCUCCAGCGCAAGGCGCCGCGGCGGCACCGGUCGCGGUCGAGGGGAUAA